AUUUUUUUAUAAUAGCAGAACGUCACCACACGUCGAUAACAUUACAAAUUUGUGAAGUAUAUGUGUAACUUCAAAUAAAAGUGGUUUACAAAGCGCCGCAAAGUAUUACUAUUUUAUUGUUAGCGUCUUAGAAACCUUGUUUUUAAGCUUCAUAUAACAAAUAUUUUUUUAGUUCAGCAAAUUUGCUAUAAUGGGAUUAACCAUAUCUAGUUUGCUGACACGUCUGUUUGGCAAGAGACAAAUGCGUAUUUUGAUGGUUGGUUUAGAUGCUGCUGGCAAAACUACUAUUCUUUAUAAACUAAAGCUCGGAGAGAUCGUAACGACCAUUCCAACAAUUGGUUUUAACGUUGAGACUGUUGAAUAUAAAAAUAUUUGCUUCACUGUUUGGGAUGUAGGUGGUCAGGAUAAAAUUCGGCCUUUAUGGCGCCACUACUUUCAAAAUACACAAGGUCUCAUAUUUGUUGUGGACUCAAAUGAUCGGGACCGGAUAAAUGAAGCUGAGAAAGAACUACAAAAUAUGUUGCAAGAAGACGAAUUACGCGAUGCUGUACUGUUGGUAUUUGCCAAUAAGCAAGAUUUACCAAAUGCAAUGAGUGCCGCAGAAUUAACCGACAAACUGAGACUUAAUCAGCUACGAAAUCGUCAUUGGUAUAUUCAGGCUGCGUGCGCCACACAGGACAAUGGGCUUUAUGAAGGACUUGAUUGGCUGUCAGCGGAAUUGGCUAAGAAAUGAUAAAGAAGCGCUUCAUUCCGAUCUUUGCAACAAUAACGUGGUUUCAGCUUUUAAGGGCUAAAGCGAAAAAGUUGUGUUGCAAUUUAUUCUUAAAAUUUUUAUAAAUAUAUAACAAAUUUGUUAGACUGUAAACAUAUUCAAUAAUAAAAUACAUUCGCUUCACUCUAAAUUAAAGGA